AUGACGAUCUACUAUUUAGCGCCUGUAGGCUAUGAGUAUAUUCUGUCGUGGGACGGUUUCGUUGAUUGUAGCUUGAAACGGGUUGGAAGGGGUGUUAAGGGGUAUCAACUGAUUUCAUCAAAGAUAAACAACGGGUAUAUCCAUGUCCAAACUGCACAAGAGUUUACAGCCACCAUACCACCAGAAGUAGACACGUCAGUCGACUAUGUCUUUCAUUCCUUGCCUAUAAAGAUGUUUGAAACGUGA